GAAAAAAUACCCAAAUGAGUUCCCGCCAGCUUUGCCAUUUGGAUUUGAGAAUGUCAUAACUCCGGAUGAAUGGUUAACACUCCCUCUACAAGUAGGACCAAAUCACAACGACCAAGAGCUCCAUCAACACAACAACCUCGAGAAAGAAGACGACAACAAACUCCUCCAACACAAUUGGCCCACACUCCAUUGGAACGAUUACAGAAUAUCGUAUCUCAUUGGGAUGAUGGCGAGUGUGUCAAUCUAGGCAUAGAGUCUGAAGUUUUUGAUCAGGAUAUGUCUCACUGUUAUAUAUUUAAGGAUGACAUACUUCAGUUUGCUCGAAAGGAGAAGAUUGGACAAGCAGUACUCGUCAGCUACAUGAGGUAUAUAUCUCACAAAUAAGUUUGUUCAUUUAAUUUUCUAAUUUGAUUUAUUCAUUCAUAUAACAAUUUUUCAUAUUUUUGUAUUAGGUUCAUUUACAGAUAUGUGGUACAACA